AUGGCCACCUACAAAAUCCGAGUGGCCACGGGCGAUUUCCUGUGCGGGGGUACCUUGGACUCCGUCGCUGUCACCUUGGUGGGAACUCAGGGCGAAAGUCCCAAGUUCCACCUGGAUAAAUGCGGCAAGGACUUUUCGCCCGGGGCGGUGGAUGAAUACGUGGUACAAAGUGAGCAAGAUUUGGGACCCAUUCUGCUCGUCCGGCUUCACAAGGAGCGCUAUGGCAUCUUCCCACCGACCAGAUGGAACUGCAGCUUUGUUGAAGUGACAGGGCCCUCGGAAGAAGUGUACCGUUUCCCCUGCUACCAGUGGAUUGUGGGAUAUGCCACCCUGGAGCUGAGGGAAGGAGCAGCCAAAACCAUCUCCAAGGAUGCAGAUAACCAGGUGUUUUUACGACACCGGACCGAGGAGCUCAGAGCCAAACAGCAGGCCUUCAGAUAUAAAGAAUUCCAGCCCGGCUGGCCAAAGUGCUUGGACGUCGCCACCGUCGAUGAUUUGCACCCCAAUUAUCAAUACUCCAGCACCAAGACCAGCACCUUGGAGGUGAAUAUGGCAACUGGACAAGUUGAGCUGAAACUGAAAGGCCUCCUGGACUGCAAGAGCUCUUGGAACAAACUUGACGAUAUCCGAAGGUCCUUUUGGUUCCACCGGUCACCUGCAACAGAAUAUGUCAGCACGCACUGGGAUGAAGACGCAUUCUUUGGCUACCAGUAUAUCAAUGGGGUCAACCCGGUAACCAUCCGGAAGUGCACGGAGAUUCCCGCCAAAUUCCCUGUCACUCACGAGAUGGUAGCAAAGUCCUUGGAGAACCACACUACCCUCGACCAAGAGCUGGAGAAAGGGAAUCUGUUUCUUGUCGACUGUGAGAUUCUGGAAGGCGUCCCAGCCACGGAGCUGAACGGGCGUCGGCAGCACAUCACCGCUCCGAUCUGCCUCCUGCGCCUCACUCCUCAGGGGGAGCUGCUCCCCAUCGCCAUCCAGCUCACGCAGCAGCCUGGACCGGAGAGCCCCAUCUUCCUACCCAGCGACUCCGAGUGGGACUGGGCCCUGGCGAAGUUCUGGGUGCGGAACAGCACCUUCCACAUUCACGAGGUCCUCACUCACUUGCUGUACACGCACCUGAUGGCAGAAGUCUUCACGCUGGCCACCAUCCGGCACCUGCCUAUGUGCCAUCCCUUAUACAAGCUGUUGAUACCCCACACCCGAUACACCCUUCACAUCAACGUUCUCGGCCGGGUUCGCCUCUUCGGCCCUGGAGGGCUCAUUGAUGAGGCGACCGCCACGGGCUUCCACGGCCUGUCAGUAUUGCUGGCCAAGGGCCUUUCUGCCUUGACCUACUCCACCCUUUGCCUCCCCGACGACCUCAAAGAGAGGGGCGUCGAAUCCCUGCCCAAUUACUACUACAAGGAGGAUGGCAUGAAGCUCUGGGAAGCGAUCCACAGCUUUGUGUCUGGGAUCGUCAGUCUUUAUUAUCCGGACGAUAUUUCCGUGAGGGAAGAUCCAGAGCUCCAGGCCUGGGUGGCUGAGAUUUUUGACAAAGCCCUGCUUGGGCGAGAGUCCUCUGGCUUCCCGUCACAUCUGGAGACUAUCGCUGAGCUAACCAAGUACCUCACCAUGGUGAUAUUCACCGGCUCUAUCCGCCACGCCAGCGUCAACAAUGGCCAGUUUGACUUUGGAGCUUGGAUGCCCAACUACCCCUCCUCCAUGCGAAAGCCACCGCCAAAGGCCAAGGGCAACGCAACUUUUGAGAGCAACCUGGAGACCUUGCCAGAUGUCAGUACCACCUGUAGAUCCUUAUUCAUCCUUUGGCUACUCAGCAAAGAACCAGGAGACAGGAGACCCCUGGGGUGCUACCCUGCUGAGCAUUUCACAGAGGAAGAACCAAAGCAGGUCAUUGCGACUUUUCAGAACCGCCUGGCCCAGAUCUCCAAAGAAAUUGAGGAGCGGAACCGUCACUUGCCCCUCCCAUACAAUUACCUCAACCCACCGGAAAUAGAGAACAGCACUUCUAUCUAAUUGUGCAGACUCCCAGCCCGGCCCACACAGAAGCUCCUUAAAAGUCCCAAAUACCUCAAGCGAUGGAAACGUCGGAUGUCAGAAACGCCUCAAAGGACGAAAGCUCAGAUGGCAGCAGGAAAUUAUGAUGGACCUUCCAAAGAAGAAGAAGAAGAAGAAUUUGGAUUUAUAUCCCCCUUUCUCUCCUGCAGG